UUUAUUCAACAUCUUCCACGUGUCAAAAAUCUCCCAGAGUGGGUCACACAUAACGGAGAAUAAUUUUGAAAAAAUGACAGGCAACAUCAGCUUGAUUUGAUUUGAUUUUUUAUGACAACGUUAUUCCAGCAAAGACCACAAUCAAGCCUCCACUUCUGACCGAAAGAGAGAUUAUUUCAUAAUCGGCGGAGAGGAAAGGAGGUCCCUGCCGAGCUGCAUCCUCUAUCAUAUGUUAAUGAAGUUAAUGGUGGAGCUCCGGUGACAGCUGGCCGCUGAACACCAAUCAGAGAGCUCGCAGAUGGAAGGCAGUUAUGUUUGAGGCUCUGCAGGCAGGAGGUGUUUGAAGAGCCAUGUCAGCUCCUCCAGUGAUGUAAAGAAAAAGGAUCCCUUUCGCUUUUAUCCCGGUUUGAUUUUAUUUUCUCUGUGUGUGUGUGUGUCUCUCCGAGCGCGUGGGAACAUGCGCGCCGUCACUUCUCGCUGCCGGGGACUUUCUUACGCGAGCGAUGCUUCGGACUUGAGGGUGGAUCUGCUCCAACUUUUCCCCGCUGCCCGGCUGAGCUCAUGAGAGCCCCUUUCAGAGCGACGGCUUUAUGGACUCGCGUAUUAGCUAAUGAUGUCUAUGGGUUUCAUGCCUGACAGUCUGAAUGCCUCGGAUCCCUCCAAAUCGGCCUUUCUGGAGUUCGGCCACGGACACCCGGCGCACCAGCAGCACUCCUCCGGACUCUCUCACAUUUACCCGGUCCACGGCUUGCACGCUGCCGGCCACUCCCAGCAUGAAAGUCCUUUCCCCGGCAGCGCGUCCUAUGGCCGCCCUCUGGGCUACACCUACCCCGGCGCGGUGAGCUCUCACCCCCCGUCCGCUUACAUGUCCUACCAGCACAGCAAUCACAGCAACAGCGGCAGCCUGGCCCACAGCAGGUUAGAGCAGACAGAUCGCGACAAGUCCACGGUGAUCGAGGGCAGGGACCUUCGUCUGAACGGCAAAGGGAAGAAAAUCCGCAAACCUCGGACCAUCUACUCCAGCCUGCAGCUGCAGGCUCUGCACCAGCGCUUCCAGCAGACCCAGUACCUGGCCUUACCGGAGCGCGCUGACCUGGCAGCCAAACUGGGACUCACCCAGACUCAGGUGAAAAUAUGGUUUCAGAACAAGCGCUCCAAGUAUAAAAAGAUCAUGAAGCAUGGCAGCGGAUCAGAGGGGGAGCAUCUCCACAGCACCAGCUCCAUCUCGCCCUGCUCGCCCGGGCUGCCCCAGCUCUGGGAGGUCUCCAUGGCAAACAAAGGGGCCCAGAUGCACCCAAACAAUUACAUGAACAGUUUUGGCCACUGGUACCCGAACCACCACCACCACCACCACCACCCUCACCAGGACGCGGUGCCCAGGCCUCAGAUGAUGUGAGCGGGAACUGUCGCUCGGUGCGCUUGGGACGCUUCGGGGCGACGCCAGGCCGUUUGCUCAGAGCUGAGUCGUGUUUUUUUUUAUGUGUGUGUGUGUGUUUUGAUAGGACUUCCAUGUGUUUCGAGUGCGUUUUUUUUUUUCAUUCAGUUCAGACACACAAAUAUAUUUUUUAGAUUUGCUCUGAUGUCAAAGCAGACUUCACGGUGCGCAUCUCACUGACGUGGACUUUAGUGUGUGCAGUUUUAACAAGAGACUGGAUAAAGGAAUUUUAAAGAAUAUUCUGUG